AUACUCACUCACUCCAUCAAUAAAAGCAGAAAAUCAGGUACAGUUACACACAUUGGAAGAGACUGGACUAUCAAAAUGACUUCUUUGAGCUUGAAUCCCUCCAUCACCCUUCUAUUCCUUUCCAUGCUUAGUCUCCUUUGCUUGACCACUCAUGCAACUGCCCCAAUUCACCUCAAUGAGGUAUGUGCAAACACCACUUUCAGCUCCAAUAGCAUCUACCAAUCCAAUCUCAACUCCCUCCUCUCUUCACUCUCCUCCAACGCCACACACAACCUUGAAUUCUACAACACCACCAGUGGCGAAAACACCUCCAACCCCGUCUACGGCCUCUUCCUCUGCCGCGGCGAUGUCACUCCUCAACUCUGCCAAGAAUGUGUAGCUGCAGCAGUCAAAGAGAUAACCAAAAAAUGUUCCAGAGAAAAGGUUGCCGUAAUAUGGUACGAUGAGUGCAUGUUGCGUUACUCAAAUCGGUCAUUCUUUUCCACAGUGGACGAAAAGCCAAAGUUUGCCCUAUUGAACACGCAGAAUAUCACUGAACAGGACCGGUUUAACAAGCUACUGGCUAAGUCAAUGAAUGAGACAGCAGCUCAGGCCUCUAAUGCUCCUAUUGGUUCCAAAAAGUUUGGAACCAAAGAAGUAAAUAUCUCUGCUUUUCAAACACUGUACAACCUUGUACAGUGCACAGCGGACUUGUCCAGAAACGAUUGUAGUACUUGUCUUCAGGCUGCUAUAAAUCUUCUUCCAUGGUGUUGUAGUGGAAAGCAAGGGGGAAGAGUCAUUUUUCCGAGUUGUAAUGUUAGGUACGAAUUGUACCCUUUUUACCGGAUGGAAAAUGCGGCAUUCAUGCCUACAUCAGCUCAUACAUUUUCACAUCCAGGAAAGGACAAAAGCUCAACGGCAACGAUAAUCGCCAUUGUUGUUCCAAUAGCUGCCUUGGUGCUAGUCCUACUCAUCCUAUCCUUCUGUUUCCUAAGGAGGGCAAGAAAGAAGACCAAUGCUAUAAAGGAAGAGAGUACUAAGAAAGCUAAUCAUAUCCUAAAUUAUCAAGCUGCAAGUGAAUUAACAACCGUGGAGUCUUUGCAAUUUGAUUUUGGGACAAUUGAAGCCGCCACAAACAAAUUCUCAGAUGACAACAAGAUUAGUGAAGGUGGAUUUGGUAAAGUAUACAUGGGUACACUUCCUAGUGGACAAGAAAUAGCUGUAAAGAGGUUAUGGAAAAGUUCUGGACAAGGAGUAGAACAAUUUAAACAAUUCAAAAACGAGGUUGAACUACAAGCAAAGCUUCAACACAAAAAUUUGGCAAGGCUAUUGGGAUACUGCUUGGAAGGAGAAGAAAAGAUACUUAUCUACGAAUUUGUGCCCGAUAAGAGUCUUGACAAUUUUAUAUAUGAUUCAAAAAAACAAGGACUAUUGCAUUGGGAAACACGAUAUAAGAUAAUUGGAGGGAUUGCUCAAGGAAUACAAUAUCUUCAUGAAGAUUCUCAACUUAGAAUCAUACAUUGUGAUCUAAAGGCCAGCAGCAUACUGUUAGAUGCAGAAAUGAAUCCAAAAAUUUCAGAUUUUGGUAUCGCACGGACUCUUGAAGUUGAUCAAACUCAAAGAAAUGCAAGUGAAAUUGUGGAGACAUAUGGUUAUAUGUCUCCAGAGUACGCAAUGCAGGGGGAAUUCUCUGAGAAAUCUAAUGUGUAUAGUUUUGGUGUCCUCGUCCUUGAAAUUAUCACUGGAAAAAAGAAUAGUAACUUUGAAUCAAAAGGGGCUGAGGACCUCUUGAGCUACGCAUGGAUACAUUGGAGGGAUGGGAGGCCCUUGGAAUUGUUGGAUCCAACUUUGGAAGGUUUUUAUUUGAUAGAUGAAGCCAUUAAAUGCAUCCACAUUGGCUUAUUAUGCGUUCAGAAGGAUCCAGCUGACAGACCCACUAUGGCAUCAAUAGUUCUCGCGCUUAAUAGCCACUCUGUUAGUCUACCAGCACCGCAACAGCCAGCUUUUUUCCUUCGCAACACAGACCAGAACUUGCUCCAAAUGUCUAUGGAGUCUGAUCAAUCUACUAGCAUGUCCAUGUCAUGGUCUGUCAAUGAAGAAUCUGUUACUGAACCACACGCUCGAUAGUUUACAGAAGCCAGGAAUGCACAAGUUUUGUGCAAACGGGUGGGCAUAAAGUUUAAAGCUAAGACAUUAAAUUAUUUGGGUUUUUGUACAACGAGUCCAAGGCCAUUACAUUUUUAAAAACAUCUUUUACGAUCACUGACAUGAGUUGUUUUUAUUGUAUGUAAUAAAUGUGGCAUCGGUACUGAUGGACCGAAGUAGAAAUAUACAACAUCUCAUGUUA